GUGUGCGGCGCUCCGCCGGGUUCAGUCGAUGGCGGCGCGGUGGCGGGCGGUUUCCUUCUUACCGUUGUCGCCUCUCAGUCGUCCAGUAGCUGCCCGCCUUAACUGGAAGAAAAAGACGUACCUUGUAACUACAUUGAGAACCGGUCUUGUUGAAGAGAAAACAACAGUCUUUUACAAGCAAAAUGAAAGAAGUUGGUGUUAAGAUGAGAAUAAGCAACUCCAGAUGGCUGUGAAAAUAUUUCAGUUGUUAGUUGGAAGAACUGGGCGUUGGACAUGGAGUUGGUUGGGAGCUGGAAGAACUUACAAUAAGGUUUAUCUGACUUAAGAAAAUGUUUCCAGUCCCUUAACAGUAAAACAUCCUUAAGUAUGGAGAACUUCAUUCUUUAUGAAGAGAUAGGAAGAGGAAACAAGACCAUCGUUUAUAAAGGAAGAAGAAAGGGGACAAUUAAUUUUGUUGCCAUUCUUUGCACUGAUAAAUGUAAAAGAGCUGAAAUAACAAACUGGGUUCGUCUGACUCAUGAAAUCAGACACAAGAAUAUAGUGACAUUUCACGAAUGGUACGAAACAAGCAACCAUCUUUGGCUCGUAAUGGAGUUAUGCACAGGUGGUUCUCUAGAAUCAGUUAUUGCUCAAGAUGAACAUCUACCUGAAGAUGUAGUGCGAGAAUUUGGUGCAGAUUUAAUUACUGGUUUACACCACAUUCAUAACCUUGGGAUUAUCUUUUGUGAGCUGACACCUGGAAAGAUUCUGCUGGAAGGGCCUGGCACUUUGAAGUUCAGUAACUUUUGCUUGGCUAAAGCAGAUGGAGAAAACUUGGAAGAAUUUUUCACUUUAGUCGAAUCUGAAGAUACAGGAGAUGUUGUUGAAAAUGCUCCGCAAAGACACCUGAAAAACAGACUUCAAGGCUCUCCAUUAUACACAGCUCCAGAAGUAAUAAAGGGAGAAGACUUCUCCAAGUCCAGUGAUCUGUGGUCCUUAGGAUGUUUACUUUACGAAAUGUUCUCAGGAAGACCGCCGUUCUUCUCAGAAAACUGUUCAGAAUUAAUUGAAAAGAUUUUAUAUGAAGAUCCACUGCCACCUAGGCCAAAGGGUUCUGCUUUUCAGAAACCUUCUGCAGAGUUUGUUAGCUUACUUGAUGGAUUGCUUCAAAAGGAUCCCCAGAAGAGGCUCAAUUGGACAGACAUAUUGAAACAUCCAUUCUGGAAAGACUCCCUUAGCCAUUGUGACUGUGAUUCUUCAGACAGCCAGGUCUCAAGCAAUGAAGACUUGGAGUCAUGGAAUACCAAGGGGCCAGAAGAUGCUUGUAAAAACCGAUCAUCCUCAAGAGCAGAUAACAAGUUACUAAGAAAUUCUUUCAAAAUAGAAAAUCCGACUGAAUUGCGCCCCAAAAAUGCAGCUGGUGAAUCAAAUGAAUCCAUAUUUCUUCUGAGUUCUCGUCCUACUCCUAGAACCAGCACUGCCAUAGAAGUAACUGAUGUUACUAUUUCCCCAAUCCAAAAUUCUCCACAAAAGGAUUCAAGCAUGACAAGGGCUGAAAGUGUGUGCUCAAGUCAGCAAGAUAUGGAGUCAGCAUUGAAAGAGCUCAUUUACACUGAAUCUGAUCUUAUCGUAACGCCAAUCAUUGACAAUCCAAAGAUAAUGAAGCAAGCACCGGUUAGAUUUGACUCAAAAGCUUUACAUAUACCAGCAUAUUCAGCUGAGAAGUUGUCAUCUCUGAAAGAUGUGGACUGGAGCGACUUCUUGCAACAAGCAUGUGCAUUGCUUGAUUCCACUGAGAAGAAUCCAGGAACAGCGCGUUCUAAACUGAAUUUACUGUCUUACCUCUGUACUGUGGCUGUCCACAAGGAAGUUGCAAGCAGGCUAAUUAACUCUCAGCUGUUUCCGGUGUUAAUACAGCAGCUGCGUGCCGCCACCAACUGGGAUAUACGUGCUAAAGUGGCUCGAGUGAUUGGUUUGCUCGCACUACACACAUCUGAGCUUGGAGAAAAUGUACCUGUGUCUGAGGCUUUUAUACUUCUAACUGAACUCAUCAGAGAGAACUUCAGAAAUAGCAAAUUGAAACAAUGCCUUUUACCAGCUCUUGGGGAGCUUCUUUAUCUAAUAGCCAGCAAGGAGGUAAAAAAAGAGCACCCCAGAGAAUGCUUGGUUGUUCCCUCGGCGGCUUACACUGUGCUAAUGAGGUGUCUUUGGGAAGGGGAAGACCGGAUAGUGAACCAUUUGGCAGCAAAGAUCAUUGAAAAUGUUUGCACUACUCUCUCCUGCUAUGCACAAGGAUUUAUUACAGGAGAAACUGGACUUGUCUUAUGGUACCUUUUCACACAUUCUACUGUAGAUUCUUUGAAAAUAACUGCUGUUUCGGCUUUAUGCAGAAUUACUCGUUAUUCACCCAGUGCUUUCCAGAUUGUUAUUGAGAAGGUGGGAUUAACAGCUGUACUAAAUUCCUUGCUCACUGGAAUAUGCAAAAUACAGCAGUACAUGCUCACCAUGUUUUCUGCAAUGUUGUCAUGUGGAAUUCAUCUCCAGAGGCUGAUGCAAGAAAAGGAAUUUGUGACUACAAUUAUUCGUUUACUUGAAAGUCCUUCAACUUUCAUACGAGCAAAAGUAUUUCUGGUCCUGUUGCAAGUUCUAAUAAACAGCAGGGAAAUGUUGCUACUCAGUUGUCAAGCAAGGCUUGUGAUGUAUAUUGAAAGAGACAGCAGAAAGACCACAGCAGGAAAAGAGCAGCAAAGCGGCAAUGAAUACCUGUCAAAAUGCCUGGAUCUUCUCAUCCAUCACAUUGUACGGGAGCUGCCAGAAAUUCUAGGUGACAUUCUCAAUACCUUAACUAAUGUCUCUGGACGCAAACACCCAUCAACAGUUCAGGCCAAACAGCUGAAGAUGUGCCUUCCCAUGAUGCCUAUAGUGCUUCAUCUUGUGACAUCCCAGGUGUUUCGUCCUCGUGUUGUCACAGAGGAAUUUCUUUUCAACUAUGGGACCUUACUUAAUUUUAUCAGAUCAAUAGAAUCAGGAGAAACAAAUUUGGAUGGAGCAAUAGGUCCAGCUGCAUCGGAAGAACUGAUUAAGAAUACUUUAUCAACAUUCGAAGCAAUAACACUGCAUCCUGCCUUGUUGACAGUCCAUCACUUGACUGUCGAAGGCUGUAUCCUCCCACCACUAGUUUCUUUGGUCCACAGUCAGAAUGUGGAAUGGAGACUCUUCAGUUUGCGGCUGCUCUCAGAAACCACAUCACUACUCUUAAACCACAAGGCCAUGGCUGAGGAGAAAGAGGAGAGCUUCAACUCAAACAGGAAGCUUCUGUCUCUCAUUAGAGAUUCAUUGUUGCCUCAGUAUGAGAAUAUCCUGAUGGCUCCAGACCCAGUACCCCUGUAUGCUCUGAAACUGUUGGUAGCCCUGACUGAACACAGCCCUGCUUCUGUGAGCCUUGUGGAAGAAAACCAUCUUUUUCCAGCUCUUUUCCAAGUCAUCUUGGAACACCAAGACAACAUACUAGGGAACACGAUGCAAACUGCAGUCGCCUUACUGAAUAACGUGGUCACUAACAAAAGCACAAAUAUGAUGUUACUCUUUGAAGAAGGACUGGCUCCUCACGUCUGUAAUCUCCUAAUAGAAACUGUGGCUCUGUACUUGGAGGCAGAUGAUAAAAGCAGCACCAAGACAGCAAAUGCACUGUUGCUGUCCUUGCUUGACAUUUUGCACUGCAUGCUGAUGUACACAACAAACAUUGUGCGCCAGGCUUUGCAGGCACAGAAGUCUGGCGCAGGAGGGGACACGCAGGCUGCUGAAGACCUUCUGCUUAUCAAUAAACCCCUGACGGACCUAAUUAGCCUGCUUAUUCAACUGCUUCCCGGUGAAGAUACUGAAAUAUUUGAGAAUGCUUCACGGUGCUUAUCAUUGCUGGUUCAGCUGUAUGGAGGGGGCAGUCAGGAGAGCAUGUCUGCAGAAAACCUGGACAGCUUUGCCGAAGUGCUGAAGUCUAGAAAAGAUACACGGCAUCGGAAGGUUCUGUUGAGAAUUAUAAAGAGAAUGAUAACUUCAAACGAGAAGCACUCGGAGAGCCUGAAGAGUGAUGGCGAUGCUCUGCUCUGCACUCUGCAGAGCCUGGCCCAGCCCACCAGCUGUCAUGCUGAUGUUGCUGUUGCAUCCCUGGCAUCUGAAAUUCUGAGAACAGUAGCACGUGAAAAUCCAAAGCCAACCAAGUGAACUGCGUCUGAUCAGCCCACUGAAAUACACAGCUGUGUGUGAUGCUCAGAGCUGUCCUGAAUCAACAUCUUCACACAAGCAGAGCAGACCUAACUCACUCCGCCAGUGUCUGAGCACAGGCACAGCUUUGGCUUCUCCAGAAGGAACAGCCUUUUUUCAAGCUCUUUCUGGGUGAAUUCUUGAUUACUAUUUUCACCUUGCUGGCAUUGUGUGAUGUAGCACAAGUACCUGAUAGCCAGUGUGAGAAGUGUAAAUAAAAUAAACAGCUUAGUUGUUUCACUACUUUAAGGCGUCAGAAAUGCUUGUGUAUGUCUUGCUGAUCAGCUGAAGGGCCUGGCUGGUCAUUUUAAGGGGUUGUCUUACGCUUGGUGAUGUGCAUUAGACUAUACCUCUUUACUAAAAAUACUUUGCUGUGUGUGUGUGUGUACAUGCCAUGUCCAUAUGAUAAAAUCCAGCAGUAGUCCUCCAGAACUGGUAGAUGCCAUAGUGCAUAAGAAAUGAAAUCCCCUUCAUUGCCAUAUCCCUGGAUGUUACUCAAUGAGACAUCAGCAUAGCUGCAGUUUGUCUACUCCAUAAGCAAAGGAGAGCACCCUUUUGUAGCUUGCUUCAGCUCUCAUCUCCUUGGGAUGCUACCAGGAGCUGUGAUCCUUUAUAGCUUUUUCCCCUUGUGAUCUCAUCUGCUCUGAGAGGCAGGAUGAGCACUCUGGGCAGAGGCUGGUGACAGCUGCAGAGUGCAGAUGUGCACAGUCUAUAAAUUAUCCAGCAGUUGUUAACAGCAUUACCUACUUCUAUCUGCACAAGUGCUGUCUCUAGAGAAGGUGAGCUGCAUGCAGGUCCUAUCUCAGGCUGAGUUAAAGCUAGUGGAGCAGCUGAGCACUUAUAAGUGAAGGACCUUCUCCUGCAUGCUACACUAAGCAUAGCUGCCUUGCUGAGGAACCUGAAAGGGGAAAAAUACUGUGGGAGGAAGCCUCCAUGAUUCUAACCGUGAUCUCCAAAGGACAGAGCAGCCGCCAGGUGGGAUGGAGAAGGGGAGCAGUUCUUGGUUUCUGCCUUUGAAGUAGUGAAAGCAUUGCACAAUUUGAGAACAGGUUUUGGAGGACCUGUCAACACAGUCUGAAAUAACUUGACACAGAGCGAAUUAAAAGUUUACUUUAAUCUUGAACCAUUUUAUAACUGCAUUUUUUCUCAUGAAGCAUCUGUAUCACAGCAGGCUACAAUAACUUUGGGAUAAAAGGCAACUGGUAAACUGUCCAAUACAAGGUUCCAAAUAAACAGUUCUUACUGGCCCCUACCCAGACAUAUCCCAGAUAAAGUUUUUUGAUCAAAAACAUGAAAUAGAUCCACCUGCUUAUUUUAAGCAUAUUAAAAAGGAAACUAAUUGGACCAUUUCUAUUUGUCUAGUUUGUUUUUUUUAUACAAAAAGGCUACACAAUGUUACACUUUAUUCAGAAUACAGUUAGAGCGAUUAUGAAUUAGUGUUCUACACCUUUACUCAAUCCUUAAAAAUUAGAAACUGCUGUAGCAUAUUCACUAUAACUUAAUACUACGAGAGACUUAAAAAAAAAAAA